GGGCGUGUCAGGGCGGGGCGUGCCGGGGACUGGGCCUGGCCUGGGGCGUCCCGGCGAAGCCUGGGCCUGUCAGGCGGUUCCACCCGGGUCUCGGCCACCGUCGAGUUCCAUUGAGUUCCGUCUCGGCCCUGCUCACAGCGGCGCCCUCGGAGCGCCCAGCACCUGCGGCCGGCCAGGCAGCGCGAUACUGCGGCGUCUGGCCAUCCCGGAUGCUAUGGCCGCCGUCGCCGUCUUGCGGGCCUUCGGGGCAAGGGGGCCCAUGUGUCUCCGGCGCGGCCCCUGGGCCCAGCUCCCCGCCCGCUUCUGCAGCCGGGACCCGACCGGGGCGGAGCGGCGGGAGUCGGAGCCGCGGCCCACCAGCGCGCGGCAGCUGGACGGCAUAAGGAACAUCGUCUUGAGCAAUCCCAGGAAGAGGAAUGCAUUGUCACUUGCAAUGCUGAAGUCUCUCCAAAGUGACAUUCUUCAUGACGCUGACAGCAACGAUCUGAAAGUCAUUAUCAUCUCGGCUGAGGGGCCUGUGUUUUCUUCUGGGCAUGAUUUAAAGGAGCUGACAGAGGAGCAAGGCUGUGAUUACCAUGCCGAAGUAUUUCAGACCUGUUCCAAGGUCAUGAUGCUCAUCCGGAACCACCCCGUCCCCGUCAUUGCCAUGGUCAAUGGCCUGGCCACGGCUGCUGGCUGUCAACUGGUUGCCAGCUGCGACAUUGCUGUGGCGAGCGACAAGUCCUCUUUUGCCACUCCCGGGGUGAACAUCGGGCUCUUCUGUUCUACCCCUGGGGUUGCCUUGGCAAGAGCAGUGCCUAGAAAGGUGGCCUUGGAGAUGCUCUUUACUGGCGAGCCCAUUUCUGCCCAGGAGGCCCUGCUCCACGGGCUGCUUAGCAAGGUGGUGCCAGAGGCGGAGCUGCAGGAGGAGACCAUGCGGAUCGCGAGGAAGAUCGCGUCGCUGAGCCGCCCGGUGGUGUCCCUGGGCAAAGCCACCUUCUACAAGCAGCUGCCCCAGGACCUGGGGACGGCUUACCACCUCACCUCCCAGGCCAUGGUGGACAACCUGGCCCUGCGGGAUGGGCAGGAGGGCAUCACGGCCUUCCUCCAGAAGAGAAAACCUGUCUGGUCACACGAGCCAUCGUGAGUAGAGGCAGAGGAGUGAGGUCCACGGGCAGCGCCCAGGAGCCCACCCUCCCCUCUGGCCCCAGCUCCACCACUGCCUCUCAGCUUCAACAGGCGACAGACAAGCUGCUUUUGUGACUUGAUAUUGGUGUCACAGCAUUUGGCCUACAUUAAAAGCCACUAUUUCAUGGGGAAAGGACAAAAUGGAGAGUGACUGAGGUGCUGACCUCAGUGCAAGGCUAGUGAGCCCUGCAGGGGGCCAGCUGUGGCGGGAAGCCUGGCAUUUGGGGUGCUCCUUACAACAUCUUAAGCAAGCGACCCCCCGACAUAGCAGAAGGUGGCAACCCGUGGAGGCAGAAAGAAGGACGCCAGCCUGACCCUCAUCCGAAACGUCCUCCUAAGCAGAGUUCAUCCUGGCUGCUCAGGAGAGGCGACACGUUUCAAAUCUCAACGAGAUACUCUCCACACAGAAAAUCUUCUUGAUUCUGUGGAGACGUAAUCAUGCCUAUGGCUUUGAAUAAUCUUAUGUGGUUUAAAUAAAUUAAAUCUUUAUAGAGA